AUGCACUGAAACAUAACUUAAAAACACUAGAGUGAUAUAUAUAACCUUAAAGAAAAGAGUUGACGAAAAAAAGCCUUAAAGAAAAAGAAUUAAAAAGAUUGUUCUAGUGAGUGAGUGAGUGAGUGAGGGAUGGCAACAUCUUUUCGUACCUUCCUCGUCCUUCUUCAACAGCUACUCUUUUUCGUUGCUUCUUCUGCGGAAGCAAACGACCCGCGAGAGACAUACCUUGUGCAGAUGAAAGUUGGAGGGCAUCGAUAUGGGUCAAGUUCCGGUCACCAGGAACUACUCUGCGAAGUUCUUGACGACGAUAGCACUAUAGAGGAUGCAUUUAUCUACAGGUAUAGUGAGAGUUUCACCGGUUUGCCAGCAAGACUCACACAAAGUGAAUGUCAAAAGCUGAGGAGGAGGAGAGAAGUAUUGGAAGGGUCACGUAGCAGAGACCUAAAGCUUCAAACGACAAGAUCAUGGGACUUCAUGAAUCUAACAUUAGAAGCUCAGCGAAACCCCGAGAAUGAGAGUGAUUUGGUGGUGGCUGUCAUCGACACGGGCAUCUGGCCUUACUCUGAGGUCUUCCUUAGCGACAGCCCUCCUCCUCCGGGUUGGGAGAACAAAUGCGAAGAUAUAACUUGCAACAAGUACUAUACAUUUAUCAACCGUUCUCUUUUUCCCACGGAGAUGACAGAUGAGGGGAAUGAGUUUGCAUACGGGUCAGGUCACUUAAACGCUGCAAAAGUCCUAGACCCGGGUUUGGUCUACGAAACACAUUACCAAGACUACAUAGAUUACAUGUGCAAACAAGGUUACAACACAGAGAAGCUAAGAUCAGACGCUGGAAGCGACAAAAUAGAUUGCUCCAAGACAGAGAUAGACCCCAAAGCCGACCUCAACUAUCCAACCAUGACGGCUCGAGUCCCCCUCGAUGCCCCAUUCGAAAAAAUCUUCCGUAGAACGGUCACCAACGUUUACGACGGAGAGUCCACUUACCGCGGAGAAAUCAACUACCCGCGGGGUGAUAAGGCCUUUAACGAUAUCAUUGUGGACCCUCCACAGUUACAGUUUAGUGAGUUGGGACAGAACAAGACUUUCACGGUGACUGUCACCGGAACAUCGAAGCCGAAUUGGAAGGCGGGGAAGGCGUUUAUGACAAGGAACACGUGGCUCACGUGGACGGAAAUCGAUGGUUCUCGCAAAGUCAGGAGUCCCAUUGUCAUAUACUCUGAUGAGGGACCCGAAGCUUGCACUUGAAUUCCCCAAGAACUAAAGCUGCCUCUCUGCACUCUUUAUUAAUAAUAUACUCUGUUUAUUUAUCUAGUUAAUAAAAGACUAUCGAGUCUUAAUUAAUGAUCCCUCCGUUGAUAGAGAGUGUGUCCUGUACUAAGUCAUGAUUUAAAACCUUCUUAUAUAUAAAUUAAUGAAUAAUAAGUUGUGAAAAA